AUGACUACGACGGUGCGGUACAAAUUUCUGAGUUCUAGGGAUUUUUCCGAGAUCCAAAUACAGGGGCCUUACGUAACCGUCGGGGAUCUGAAACUGGCGAUUUUCAAAGCCAAUUUCAAAGAUCGAUCUGCUGAUCCGAAAUCCAAAUCGCAGCAUGUCUGGAACGGUUGCUGUUUGGGUACGGAUCACGAUCUCUCCAUCAUUGAUCCCCAAACCAAUACCCCUUACUCCGACGAAAGCGCGCUGAUCUUCGACAAAGCGUCGGUUUUACUCCGGCGGAUCCCAGGAGACCGCCGCCGUCAACCUCUCAACACGACGACGAUUGAUCUCCGGCCGGCGGUGGAGGAAGUAAAGUCAGCAGAACAAGAAACCAAGUCUCUCUCUGCUUCGGAUUCGGUAAUGACGACGACGAACAGUGGAAUCGAAGAUCUCGACUUCGAUGAUUUUGGCGGUGAUGUCUACGCUAUUCCUUCCCAAGUGACAAAGCCGUCGACAGAGAAGAAGAAGAAGAAGAACAAUAUUGCUGCCCAGAAGAAGAGUAAUAUUGCUCCUGCCGCAGUUGACAAAGACGAGGAGAGCAGGAUCAAGGCUUUGGUGAAUACUCCUGCUCUGGCAAAGUGGACGGCGGCGACUCUGACUACGACGGGGAAGAGAAAAGCGCCUUACUCUACUCAGCCUCCUCCCACCGGCUACGUCUGCCACCGGUGUGGGAUAAAGGGCCACUUCAUUCAGGACUGUCCGACCAACGGCGAUCCCAGUUACGAUCUCCGGAAGAGAAUGCGGCCAAUGCCGACAGCUCCCAGUGCAGCCGCCGAGAGCGAGUUCAACAGGCAAAUGGAAGGGAUCUCCUCGUUUUCCAGCGUGACAACAACAACCAGCAGCAGCGGCAGCAAGAGCAGUGGUUUGACGACGGUGGGUGUGCCGGCGGAGCUUAACUGCCCAUUAUGCAGAGGGAUAAUGAGAGAGGCAGUGUUCGUGAAGAGUUGCUGUUUCCGGAGCUACUGUAAGGGCUGCAUCAGUGACCAUGUGAAGAGUUCCAAGUCGUGUGCUUGUGGGGCGAGGAAUGCCGACGAGGGUGAUUUUCUGCCGAAUGUUACAGUUCGAAGCAUGAUCGAUUCGAUUUUGCAACGUCGGAGUUGCAGUACUGGUAGUAGUGCUGGGAGCAAUAGCUGCUGCUCAACUGUCGUUGGUGCCUAG